AUGCGGAUUGAAAAAUGUUAUUUCUGUUCGGGCCCUAUCUACCCAGGCCACGGCAUGAUGUUCGUUCGUAACGAUUGCAAGGAGCGGAUACUGGAAUGGACUAAAGCGUUCCGGAAAGCAGCUGGUAAAGAGCUCACGGUGGAUAAUUCAUUUGAAUUUGAAAAAUGUAGAAAUGAACCUGUCAAAUACCAGCGAGAACUGUGGAAUAAAACCAUUGAUGCAAUGAAGAGAGUUGAAGAGAUCAAACAGAAGCGACAAGCUAAAUUUAUAAUGAACAGGUUGAAGAAAAAUAAAGAACUACAGAAAGUUCAGGACGUUAAAGAGGUCAAGCAAAACAUCCAUCUUAUCCGGGCCCCUCUUGCAGGCAAAGGAAAGCAGCUGGAAGACAAAAUGGUACAGAAAUUACAAGAGGAUGUGGACAUGGAGGAUGUUUCUUAA